AUGGCGACUGUUGCAAAAUCCAACAGCAACAGCAACAGCAACAGCAACAGCAACAGCAACAGCAACAGCAACAGCAGUGCUCAAUGCCAAGACAACCACAGCACUCUGCCACCACCGCCUCAAUCCAGGGAUUAUGAUACUCCCGAGCGCCUCGUAUGGCAUCGUUUUCAAGGAAUUAUGUGGCCUGGGAUGUUUUACCACGGUUUGCAACAGUUCAACCAAGAAAUGCUCGAAGAAUUGGACCGAAAAGGAGACAAAACCACCAAAGCGAAAUUGGGUUAUCAUUUGAUGAAACAAGCAUUGAUGGAGAAAAAGGGAGGCUCUUCCUUCAGACGUGGCAUUGUUAGAUACCUAGGAAGGCCCAUCUUUGAUUAUCAGCAAGUAAAAGAAGGAGAAUACGAGAGCUUCUUACAUUUCCUGCCGCAUUACCUGGUGAACAUGACUACUCGGCCGGAUCAAUUUGGUCAAGACAACUACCAACUGUACAUGGACUUUCAUCGCGGAAUUGAUGAAAGCAUGGUCAUUUUUGGGAAAGCUGCUGGUGCCUCGUCGAAUGCUGAUUCCGAUGAAGUGCCAUGGGAAGAGCAGGCUCAAAAGGUCUGGGAAGAGUUCGAUUGGACCAAUCCUGCUCCUCUUGCAGUACCACAACCACAACCACAGCAACACCCGCAACAACAAAACCAGCUGCAGAGACAACCACUAGUACCACAUUCACCAAACACAAACAGUGUCGCAGCCGUCUCCUUGGCAGACGAAUCCAUGGUAUCCGCCAAUACUGGAAGUGCCUCUACCAGCACACAUCAUCAGCAGCAGCAGCCAAGUUGGACGGAAACUCCGGUGCGCCACCACCCUACUACUCCUGCUGCCAAUGACACGCCCGCCCUCGAGACCACUCCCAUUCGCAAUGUGCACGCUCCAUGGUCCGACGUCUGGUCCAAGAUGGCCUUCUCGGAUUGGAAUGUCCGGUCGACCAAGCACGGGAAGAUUUACACUCACGCCAAUUUGACCCAAGAAUUUACCGAGGAAGAAGUCAAAGAGUACGUCAAGAAGCAUUAUGGUUGGUUGGGAGAACGUCGGCCUACUCGUGGCUCUAGUUCUUCUGGAGACUCGCCACAAAAAACAAAGACCUUUGGCGUCUAUUGGAAACAGUUUUUGAAAGAUGAGGGUUGGCAGAUGAUUAAAGGGAAACAACCCAUUGAGUGGUAUUACGUCCGACCCAAUCGAUCGGUUGUCGAUGGUGUCGAAGGAGAAGAUUAUUUUAUCUCGACGGAUGCCGUGGUGGACUAUUGUGACAACAGUGGCGAGUACCAAUCGUCCAGUGGUUCCGAAAGUGAAGUCUCGCCGGACCCAAGAAAUCAAGCACGAAGAGGCUUGGAGACGGACGAUGACGAGAGUACCAAGUUGCCUCCAGAUACCGACGAUGAUCGAACGAUCGAAUGUCUCACGCCACGAGAUCAAGGAACCAAGCCUCAAGAUCCUGCCAAACCAGACUUGCCAUCUGCAGGAAGUGCCACCGAAUCCGAGAGUGAAGACGAUAGAUACGACUUUUCUUUUCUUUGGCCCAAGUUGCGAGACGAAGACGGCUGGAAAUGGAUCAGUGCCAAGAAUCCUUGCGAUUCCUCUUGGUACGUUCCGCCCUCAAGUCUACACGCCGACAAGGAGGAUAAGCAUGCCUGGAAGACUUGGGUCCGAGGCAUUGAUUACUUUGUGAAAGAUGAAGAAAUGGUGGAUUAUGUCAAAAUGAAGGAAGGUGUGGGACUGUCCGAAGAAGAAUACAACCAGAAGAUUAUGGCCGCCAUGGACACUUUCUCCACCAAAAGUCGACCCAAACGAAGUGCCAAGCCCAACGUUCGCAAGCCAGCGGCUUUCAAGAAAUCAGCUCCACACAAGAAGAACUCGCAGCAAAAGCCAAAGAAGGCAGCCACUGCACCAAAGAACAAGAAGAUCUCCAAGGCUGCAGCACCAUCGGUUCAAGUACCAAAAUUGAAACUGCCGACCGAAAAGCAGGCCGAGGUCAGUAAAGACCCAUCCCAUGCUCCUCCACGAGCAGCAAAAAAGAAUGCCGCCAAGAAAAUUACCAACAAGCGAACCAAAGACUCGAAAUCCUCUUCCAUGCGAAAGAAACGCAAGACGGAAGAUAUCGACGUUCGAUUCUAUGGAAACUUCAAUGCAGCUCCGUGGGUUCUCAAUCCGCUUUCUUCCCACGUCCACACUGUCUUGAUGGAUGUGGGAUUCACCUGGACCAGUUCCAGCGGCUACUACCUUCCCGGGGAGUCGACCAAGAGUUUUACCAAAAGGUUUACUUCGACCCACGAAGUCAUUCAGUAUUGUGUGAAAGGCAACGUCGAUUUCAGCGCUUGCACUCCAGAGGCUCGGGCUCCGAUGGAACGAUUAAUGGCAUAUGUCAACGUUCCCGAAAAGCAAAGCACUUGGCGUAACGUUCGAGCCAUUACUACCAAGGAGACGAUUGCUUUCUUGAACUUGUUAGGAUAUAGAGCAUUAGCGGAUGGAUCAUCAUGGAAAGUUACAGAAGACAUGGUGAAAAUUUUGGGCCAGGAGCGGUUUGCGUCUUUUGACGAACUCCUUCUUGCGUUGCGUCGAUCUGACACACUGAUCCCGAAAGCCAAACGAGGUCGCCGUGGACCAAUGGACAAUGUCCUGAGGAGAGACCAAAUGCUGGCCCUUCGAUUGAGGAUUGCGGAAGGUCUCAGUGGCGAUGAGGCAUCAGUGGAAGGUCUCGGUGAUAAUGAGGCAUCAGAAGAAUUAUCAUCGGAGCUGUCAUCUACAGAACCAUCGUCAGAGUCGUCAUCCGAAGAAGAGACCGUUGCUGACAUGGUAUCGAAAUACAAGACAUCAUCCAGUCUUCCAGCCAAGAAAGCCAGCAAGAGCAAACAACAAGUAUCGAAGAAGGUUGCGUCGGAGUCAUCCGAACAAGACAACGUUGCUCCUACACAAUCGAAAACCAAGAAACCGUCCAGUGUUCCAGCCAAGAAAGCAAUCAGGAGCAAACCAGUAACGAAGAAGGCUGCAACGAGACCUCUGUCUCAGCUAGCAAAGUCUGGCGACGAUACUACUAGCAUCGAAGCUGCAGUCGCCAAUCUUCGUGCUUCGCAAAUUAGCAGUCAACGUGGCUGGCAACUGUUGCAACGCCUUGGUUGUAGUUGGUCGUCAGGCUAUGCGCUUCCAAGAUCCAGUGAGAAAUUCUCCAAUCAAAACGAUCUCGUGGAAUACAUUCUGAAGAAGUCGGUAUUGGAAUUGGACUUUUUGAGGGAUCCCUUGUCCAAGGUGGAACUCCAAGAGCUCCACCGUCAUUUGAAAUUCCAAUUUGUGUCCCUGAAAUGCGGCGAAAACAUUGCAAAAGCCUUGAACAGUAUGGAUGAUAGCGAUAAGAUCGUUGCCAUAUUGGAAAAGAUUGGUUUCAAACGAAAGGGCAACGGCUGCUUUGAGCACCAACACUCUGAGGAAGAUUUUGAUUUGAACCAAAUCAUUAACCUCAUUCGAUCGCAACGAGAAGAUCUUAUGCUGAUUUGUCAAGACGUCGAGUCUAGGCGAAGUCGUGAGAAGAAGACCUUGGCCGAAGAGGACGAUUACCUCUUGCGUAUUUGGGCCGCAGAAUCGCAGAUACCUUUGCAAUUUUUCGACGAAGACACCAAUUGCAAAGAGGCCUUGGAGGCGUUGGAAGAGGACCAGGAAGAAAUGGACGAGGACGAAGAAGAAAUGGUCAAUGGAUCCGAGGAAAUCAAGAAGUCUUCACAACACAGCAGCAACGAUGGCGACAAGGUUCUUGAGAUUGAAGAGGCCGAGGCCUCCAACACAGGCUUUAUUGAUCAGUCAAGCAGGAAUCACGACUCUAAUGAACUCCUGUCAAGAAGUACAGUUCCCGUGAGUCGCAAGACCAACACAGAGAGAGCCGAAACGAUGCAACCAUAUAGUGAAAGUGACCCUUGUAACCCUUACGCGUCUAUGCAACAAGACUGUGGCUUCGAGCAGCUCAUGACACAAUCGCGCGACAGUGCUUCCAACGGUAUGGAGCAUGGCGGAUCCUUUGGAGAACAGAUGCCAUUGAUGACUCAACAGGGGGAUGAAUCGGAAGACGAGAAUGAUUACACCGCAUCAUCAGCAAGUCUUUUUGAUAAGGCGAUAUCACCACUUGAAGGAAGAAAUUAUUCUCACCGUGAGACUGCAAUGGGGGAUGCAGCCAUGGAAGAUGUCAAUGAAAGUGCAGGGGCGGAUGGCAUUGACGAAAAUGGGCGAUCAGAAGAAUUUGGUAUUCUGGUGGACCAAAUGGAUGAAGAAAGUUCUCUUCAACUGAUGGACGAAGAUGGGGGGAGAGGACCAUCCAAGACGAAUCCGAUGCCAUUGAUGACCCAACUCGAAGAAGACUAG